UGAUGACGCCCCAUUUUCAAGUUGGCAGUUCGCAGAUGCCAAACCAACCUCCGGCAUCCCCCACACCGACGGCCGGAUGGGUCGCCGAUUACCGUGCCGGCCGACCGCCGAGUGCCGUUACCGCACCCCCUUCGGCCAAGAUGACUAGCGGCCCGGGCGGGAUCACGUCUUCUUGCAUCAUGAUGGCGAAUUCACACCAGCGUUUCUGCUCGACCUAGAGACCCUUUUUUCCCCGUUUUCGCGCCAGCGCUCAUCAUGAGCAUCAGUUCAGGGGGCUUUCUCGAUACCGAUGAACACGGCGGAACCGGCCCCAAUAUCUAUACUCAUGAGGUCACGGCUCCCGGCUGCCGGAGCCGGCUGUAGGGCAAACUUUUGCCAUUGUCAAAUCCACUCCGGCUCCCGGGGCGAUGGCGCAAUUGCGGGAUGUCCACGGUACGGAGCAACCCCUGUAUUCUGUAACCAAUCAUGUUUUGCCUCACUUGUCACGAAAGGCUUAGCGUCGAUGUCGUGAUUGCUCCCAGACCACGCCUCGUCCUUAGAGAUGCAAAUUCCUCAGCGCUUGUUCAAUGCACCACGCCCAGAUGCUCCGGACAAGCUGCGAUUGCGCAAUAGUUUGAGCGGGCUCUUGUGGUCCGUCGCUUCCCUCGGCGUCUGGUUCGAUCGGGAUGAUGUCUGGGUAAGCGGCGGAAACCAAAUUAGUAAUGCUGCUUGGUGAUGGCCCGGGUGCCCAACAAUAUGAUAGUCCUCCCGCCUCCUUCCCGCAGUGUAAGUUCUGCCUGCUUACCUCUACCUCUUCCGUCCUCAUAAAACAAUAACUCCUACCUCCUCUUCAUUUACUCCGGAAAUCUGAACUCUUCCCCAGAUUCCUCUCUUGCGUCAUUUGCUCUUCCGUUCAUCCAUCUUGACCAAAGCUGUGCGGAGUGAACAUACCCCCCGGGUUUUCAACACACCCCUUUUGCAAACGCACUCGUCAUAUAACCAAUCGUCUUCACCAUCACCCAGCAACCUUUCUUCCUUUUCUCAGUCAGACACUUCAAACAUGUCGUCUACCGUUGAGCCCGCGACCCGGACGUCCUCAGUGGCAUCGUCUCCUCGGUUGAACUCCGUCGAGGCUGCGAAGCUGGACCACGUUGAGGUCGAGUCCGGGUACGGUUCCGCCACGGAUGCCUCAUCGACUGCGUCAUCCAUCCCUGCGCUCCCGCUCAUCUUCCUCACCCAGCCGCACCUCAAGCACCUUAACGACCAGCUUGAGAACAUGCACCCAAUCGACAUCCUCCGCUUCGCCAAGGUCAUGUUCCCCAACCUCUUCCAGUCGACGGCAUUCGGCCUGACGGGUCUCGUGACCCUCGACAUGCUCUCCAAGAUUCAGAAGGAGAACCCCGCCGCCGCCAACGUCGACCUCAUCUUCCUCGACACCCUCUACCACUUCAAGGAGACGCACGGUCUUGUCGACCGCAUCAAGGAACGCUACCCCAACGUUAAGCUGCACAUCUUCAAGCCCUACGGCGUCAACUCCACCGAGGAGUUCGAGGCCAUGUACGGCCCCAAGCUGUGGGAGACCGAGGCCGAGAUGUACGACUGGAUCGCAAAGGUCGAGCCCCUCCAGCGGGCCUACCAGGAGCUCGGGGUCGCCGCCAUCCUCACCGGCCGCCGCCGUUCGCAGGGCGGCGCCCGCGACAAGAUCCCCAUCAUCGAGGUUGAUGACGAGCGCGGCGUCAUCAAGAUCAACCCCAUGGUCAAGUGGUCCUUCCAGCAGGUGCAGGAGUACAUCAAGACCCACAACGUGCCGUACAACGACCUCCUCGACCGGGGUUACAAGUCUAUCGGCGACUGGCACUCGACCGUCCCAGUCAAGGAGGGCGAAGACGAGCGCGCCGGCCGCUGGAAGGGCCAGCAGAAGACCGAGUGCGGCAUCCACAACAAGAAGUCACGGUACGCCCAGUACCUCGAGGAGAUGGAGCGCAAGGCCGUCGAGGCCAAGGCCGCCGCGCCGUCGUCGUCUGCCGAGGCGGAGAAGAAGGGCGAGGCCGCCAUCGCGCCCGUCGUCAAGGCUGAGAAGGAGGAGCAGGCGAUCGCAUCCGUCUGAAGCGUUUCGUUGGCUUUCGUUGCAUACUCCUUUGUGGUUUGCUUUUUGUUUUCCUAUAAUGACCUGUACAUAUGAUGCAUGACGGCGUUUUGGGGUGGGUAAAAAAACCAAGAGGACAGGACAGCACGGGACAGCAUGCUGGCGUUCCGGAUAGGCUUAGGCCAAAGGCCACUAGGUAUCUAGCGUUUUCGCAGAUACUUGAUCCAACAUUUGUAGAUGGGACAAUCAAUCGAAACACGAUGAAUGAUAAAACAGCUCGAGCCUUGCCC